CUUGACAAGAAGGUAGCAACUGUGACAAUAAAGCUUUAAGAUUUGCCGACUUGACCAUGCCUAAGGUGGAAUUUCUUGCGCAAGUGAGAGAUCUAGAUCAGUCGAGUCUAACGAAAGGACGGCAACUGAAAUUAAAUGUGCAUCAGGACACAGACUGCUUUCGGUGGAUUCUAAGUAGUAUACUCGACCGUCUAUCUACAUUUUACAGGAAUCGAAUGAUAAAUACUCUACCACUUUAGUUCGACAAGACAAUUGAGCUGAUUUUUUCGAUAAGUCCGUUAAAAAGACGCUGCAAGUAUGCUGGACAUCUAGAGUCUAGUCUGACGAAGAUGAUUUUGCUAGAAACUUACUUCAUUAUCGUUUAAGCUUACUGAUCAGUCAGUCAUAUUUAUAAGUUAAAGCUUAGCAUUGACAAUAACAAAUAUUAAGUAACUCGCCAGAGAGUCAAAGUUCUUAACUAGCACCGUAAACAAACUGUGAAUU